AAUAUAAUUCAUUUUCAUAAGAAAUAUUGAAUGCUGCCAAUAGGAUACAGUGAAAAAGCUCUAGGGAAUUUUGACGUCUCUUCUCUGUUCAGACUGCUAACUGUCAAGUGUGGUUGGUAAUGGUAUAUACGAAUGCUCGAGUCGUAAACUGCGUAAACUCACGCACAUUUUCAUUCUAAAAUAUUCGAUAUUCCGCCAGUUCUUGUUUAGAAAGAAAAAUAUUAAUUAUUGUACAGCUGAAGUUAUAAAAUUAAUAGUGAAUUGAUUUGAAUAGCCAUGGACGAAGUCAGUAAUGCACAAAUAGUUGUUAUAGGAGAUGACAUUUGCAGGAGAGCGGGUAUUACAACAACCUGGAUUAAUAACAACAGAUUUGGAAUUCACGCGUACAAACAUAUAGACAAAGACUCGCAAGAUACUCAAAGUCAGUUUGCACCGUGUGAUGCCAAAGUGCACUUUCUCAGACCAGAAGUUAUAUUGUUUUCACCCCUCUUGCGUAAAUUGGUCAACGAGAGCAAUGGUGUUUUCUUGUCGGUUCAAAAUCUUAAAUCCUUGUCUGGUGAUAUCCGGCCAGAGCUGCUUAAACACAGCAAGCAAUACAGAUCCAUCUUGAGAGCUUGCGUGGAAAAUUUACAGGAAAUCUUGCCGAAGGAACCAUUGUCAGAAGAGAAGAUAGUGUUGGAAAAUUUUCUCACUAUAUUUUAUCAAGUGGAGUGCGUUUGGCACUUAACGGAAAUCCUUUACGUGGAUAUUGUUCCAGGUGACGUCAUACUACCGCAGGUGCUAGACUGGAUCAGCUUCCACUUCCUUCGAGGGAACUGCUCGCGGCAAAAGUAUUGUCGCAGAAAACUGUCGGCGCGGACUUGGAGAAUUCAAAUUACUGGGAGAUCGUGAUGGGCUGUGCGUUCCAUGGGAAAUUAAACCUGGUCAGCCGUCUU